AUGAAGGUGUCUCCAACUGACAGAGAAGGAACAACGAGAGAAUCCUCACCAAAAGUGUCUCCUAGUGGCGAAGAAAAAGCAACAAGGGAAAUCUCGUCAAUGACAGCUCCUUCAUCUUCUAAAAAGCCUAUUGAACCUUCUUCCCAAGAAGCUUAUACAUGUGAUACAAAAAUCACAUUCACAGAUAACGAUCUUCUAUUUGGUGAAACACUACACAAUCGUCCUUUGUAUAUGGUUGGUUACGUGCGAGAGAAGAAGAUAAAUAGAAUCUUGAUAGAUGAAGGAUCUGGAGUCAACAUCCUGCCUAUCCACACAUUGAAGGAACUCGGCAUCACGACCGAAGAACUUAGUGAAAGUCGUUUGUUGAUACAAGGAUUCAAUCAAGGAGGACAGAUGUCCAUAGGCUCUAUUAAAUUAGAAAUUCACAUGGAAGAUUUGCGAUCAAGCUCAUGGAUGCACGUGAUCGAUGCAAAGACUUCAUACAAUAUAUUACUUGGUAGGCCUUGGGUACAUGAGAAUAGAAUUGUCUCAUCUUCUUACUAUCAAUGUUUGAAGUAUCUUGAAGACGGGAUUGAAAGGAAGAUAGUUGCAGACGAUAAUCCUUUCACCGAAGUUGAGACGCACUUUGCCGAUGCAAAAUUCUACUUGAAGAAUUAUGUGGUUAAAGGGACAAAAUCUAAUGAUGUCAAAUCAACCAAGUCUGACAAGAUCACAAGCAAAAUAAUCGAUACAGCUGUCGAAAAGAUAAAAGUUGACACUAAAGUACUUUGUCCCAAUCUCAAUGAAGGGAAGACCAUGUCUUCAAAGAAGAAUCUGACUUCUGGACUUCGCUAUGUUCCAAAACUGUCAAUAAAGACAAUCGCUCAAAAUCAAGUGCGAGAUGUAGCACUCCCUACAAAACGCACGGGAGAAGGUUUUGAUCCUAAUGCUUACAAGUUCUUUGCUAAGGCUGGAUAUAACCCUAAUGAGCCAUCAAUGUUAGGGAAACUCCCAUUAGUUGAUAAAACCAAGCAAGCACGUGAGGGCAUAGGCUAUAACCAACCACCGCCAGUUCGCAUCUCCAUAAGAAGAGCAAGUAAUAAUCAUAUAACUUUUGAAGAUGAUGUUGCUGCUCCCAAUAGAAAGCUUUCCGUCUUUGAUCGACUCGGAGAAUCAACUGCAAGAACUUCUGUGUUCAAGAGAUUAGGUCCAUUGAAAAAAAACAAGAAUCUGAGAACUUCAUGUAAAGAGGAGUUUAAGGCAAAGGUUCGCACCGUGGUUUACACCAAGGAGCGCGAGGAAGAUGAAGAAAGUUGUUGUCAUAUAUCUGUCAAUGACAAUGAUCCUUUAGAAGAGGAAGAUGUUGGAGAUGCUCCACCGGAACUUGAAGAAGGAGUAAAGACUACAAUAGACCCUUUGAAAGAAGUUAACAUUGGCACUGAUGAAGACCCAAGGCCAACUUACUUGAGUGCCUUUCUAGAAGUUGAUGAAGAAAUCACUUAUAUGAAUAUACUCAAAGAAUAUAGGGAUGUCUUCACUUGGAGUUAUAAAGAAAUGCCUGGAUUGAAUCCUAAAGUAGCGGUCCAUCAAUUGGCAGUCAAAAAUGGUUCUCGUCCCAUUAAGCAAGCUCAAAGACGUUUUAGGCCAGACUUGGUUCCAUUGAUAAAAAAUGAAGUUAAUAAACUCAUUGAGGCAGGCUUUAUUCGUGAGGUUAAAUAUCCUACAUGGAUUUCAAGUAUUGUUCCUGUGAAGAAGAAGAAUGGUCAAAUUCGAGUAUGUGUUGACUUUAGAGAUCUUAAUAAUGCAUGCCCUAAAGAUGAGUUUCCUCUUCCCAUUCCAGAGCUGAUGAUUGAUGCCACCACUGGAUAUGAGGCAAUGUCGUUCAUGGACGGUUCUUCUGGCUAUAAUCAAAUCCGCAUGGCUCCAAAGGAUGAAGAACUCACCGCAUUUCGCACACCUAAGGGUAUUUAUUGCUACAAAGUGAUGUCAUUUGGUUUAAAGAAUGCUGGUGCUACAUAUCAAAGGGCUAUGCAAAAUAUAUUUGAUGACUUGCUCCAUAAAAAUGUUGAAUGUUAUGUGGAUGACCUGGUGGUAAAAUCCAGAAAGAGGAGUGAUCAUUUGAAAGACUUAAGAAUGGUGUUUGAGCUGCUUCGAAGAUAUCAACUAAGGAUGAAUCCAUUGAAGUGUGCCUUUGGAGUUACUUCUGGAAAGUUCCUUGGCUUCAUUGUGAGACAUCGAGGAAUUGAAAUUGAUCAAGCCAAAGUUGAUGCAAUAUUGAAGAUGUCUGCACCUCAAAACAUUCAUGAGUUAAAAAGUCUCCAAGGAAAGCUAGCCUACUUGAGGAGGUUCAUCUCAAACCUAGUAGGACGAUGCCAACCAUUCGGUCAUCUCAUGAAGAAAGACGCUCCUUUUAAUUGGGACGAAACAUGUAGCGAUGCCUUUGAAAGUAUCAAGUCAUAUCUAGCAAAACCUUCAGUUUUGGCAGCCCCUAUACCUGGAAAGCCAUUGAUACUCUACAUUGCGGCACAAGAAAGGUCCGUAGGAGCCUUGUUAGCUCAAGAGAAUAGUGAAGGCAAAGAAAACUCUCUUUACUACUUGAGUAGAACGAUGACACCAAAUGAGCUGAACUAUUCACCGAUUGAAAGAUUGUGCUUGGCGCUAGUCUUCUCAAUUCAAAAGAUGAAGCAUUAUUUUCAAGCUCAUGUUGUUCGUCUUAUUUCUAGAGCAAAUCCCAUCAAGUUUGUUAUGUUGAAACCUGUCCUUAGUGACCGACUAGCAAGAUGGUACCUCCAAUUCCAACAGUUUGAGAUCGUGUACAUCCCUCAAAAAGUUGUGAAAGGACAAGCAUUGGCGAAUUUCUUGGCAGAUCAUCUGAUACCGAAUGAUUGGGAGUUAACUGAUGAGCUUCCUGAUGAAGAUGCAAUGUUAGUUGAAGUUCUACCUCCUUGGAAAAUGUACUUUGAUGAAGCUACACAUAGUGGCGGAGCUGGUGCUGGUGUAGUGUUCAUUACUUCACAAGAAGAGAUCCUACCAUUCUCAUUUUCUUUGAAGCAAUGUUGCUUCAAUAAUGUCGCUGAAUACCAAGCGUUGAUAGUUGGACUUGAGAUGGCCGUUGACAUGAAACAAUUAAACUUACAAGUCUUUGGUGACUCUCAGUUGGUGAUCAACCAACUCUUGGGAAGUUAUGAGGUGAAGAAGCCUGAAUUGCGUCCUUAUCAUGAUUAUGCUCAAAAGUUGAUAGGAUGGCUUGGAGAUGUAACCCUUCAACAUGUGCGUAGAACGGAGAAUAAGAAAGUUGAUGCAUUGGCUGCUCUAGCUUCAACGCUAACCCUUCCUGAUCAGACGCAAGUGACUAUUUGUAAAAAAUGGAUAGUACCACCGCCAAAUGAGGAAGAAUGUAUAAAAAAUGAGUUUAAUCAUUUCGUCGCAGCUUCUGAAGCCGUGAAGGAAGAGUGGAGACAACCCAUUAUUGACUACAUGUGUUAUGGGAUACUUCCAGAUGAUCCAAGGAGAAGGACCGACAUUCGUCGUCGUGCACCUCGCUUCCUUUAUUACAAGGACACAUUAUAUAGAAGAUUAUUUGAGGGUGUACUAUUACGAUGUUUGGGAGAGGAAGAAGCAAUUCAUGCUUUGCAAGAAGCACACUCGAGAGUGUGUGGAUCACAUCAAUCUGGACCAAAACUCCACUUUCACAUAAAGAGGAUGGGGUAUUAUUGGCCAACCAUGGUGAAAGAUUGCUUAGAUUAUGCUCGGAGGUGCGAUGCUUGUCAAUUUCAUGCGAAUUUUAUACAUCAGCCGCCCGAAGUAUUGCACCCAACUAUUGCAUCUUGGCCAUUUGACGCUUGGGGAUUGGAUGUUGUGGGACCACUACCAAAAUCUUCUGGUGGACACUUGUACAUCUUGGCUGCAACAGAUUACUUCUCAAAAUGGGCUGAAGUUGUCGCUCUUAAAGAAGUGAAGAAAGAGAAUGUUGCAAAUUUUAUCCGAGUGAAUAUCAUACAUCGCUUUGGCAUCCCUCACUACAUUAUAACAGACAAUGGCAAGCCAUUCGAUAAUAAGUUAAUGAACAAAAUUUGUGAUCUUUUUAACUUCAAGCAGCGUAAAUCUUCUAUGUAUCAUGUUGCCGCCAAUGGUCUUGCUGAAGCAUUUAAUAAAAUUCUAUGCAACCUCCUCAAGAAAGUUGUCUCCAAGUCCAAACGAGAUUGA